CUGAAGUGCCUGUGCUAUAAGUGCGGAGCGGGUGACUGUGGAGCCAGGCGCGGCGCAGGAUGGUGGACAGCGUAUACCGGACCCGCUCCCUGGGGGUGGCAGCCGAAGGGCUCCCAGACCAGUACGCUGACGGGGAGGCGGCGCGCGUGUGGCAGCUGUACAUCGGGAACACCCGCAGCCGCACCGCCGAGUACAAGGCAUGGCUGCUCGGGCUGCUGCGACAGCACAGCUGCCAGCGGGUGCUCGACGUGGCCUGUGGCACUGGGGUGGACUCUAUUAUGCUGGUGGAAGAGGGCUUCAGCGUGACGAGUGUGGAUGCCAGUGACAAGAUGCUGAAGUAUGCGCUUAAGGAGCGCUGGAACCGGCGGCACGAGCCUGCCUUCGACAAGUGGGUCAUUGAAGAAGCCAACUGGAUGACUCUAGACAAAGAUGUGCCCCAGUCAGCAGAGGGUGGCUUUGAUGCUGUCAUCUGCCUUGGAAACAGUUUCGCUCACUUGCCAGACUGCAAAGGGGACCAGAGUGAGCACCGGCUGGCGCUGAAAAACAUUGCGAGCAUGGUACGAGCAGGGGGCCUGCUGGUCAUUGAUCACCGCAACUACGACCACAUCCUCAGCACAGGCUGUGCACCCCCAGGGAAGAAUAUCUACUAUAAGAGUGACUUGACCAAGGACAUCACAACAUCAGUGCUGAUAGUGAACAACAAGGCCCACAUGGUGACCCUGGACUAUACAGUGCAGGUGCCGGGGGCUGGCCAGGAUGGCUCUCCUGGCUUGAGUAAGUUCCGGCUCUCCUACUACCCACACUGUCUGGCAUCCUUCACGGAGUUGCUCCAAGCAGCCUUCCGGGGCAAGUGCCAGCACAGCGUCCUGGGCGACUUCAAGCCUUACAAGCCAGGCCAAGCCUACGUUCCCUGCUACUUCAUCCACGUGCUCAAGAGGACAGACUGAGUGUGGCCUCAGCUCCCACAAGCCUCCGCCCAGGCACUGCUAGGCUCUGUCUGGAAGAUGGGGACCAGCAGCCCCACACCAGGGCCAGCCUCUAGAGCAGACUACAGCUGGGGUGCAGGGAUGUGGGUUCUGCAGAUGGAAGGGUAAACAAUAUAGUCUGUGCCUUUUUCAGUUCCUGCA